GCAAAGACUGUGGCAAAACAUUUAUUAGAAAAUAUAAUUUAAACAGACACAUGAGAAUCCACACAGGAGAGAAGCCUUUCUGUUGUGAUCUAUGUGGUCAAAGCUUUGGCUGUAAAUCGAUUUUAAAGAUGCACAUGAGAAUCCAUACAGGAGAGAAGCCUUUUUGUUGUGAUCUAUGUGGACACAGAUUUAGCUGUAAAAUAACUUUAAACGCACACACGAGAAUCCACACAGGUCAGAAGCCUUUCUGUUGUGAUCUAUGUGGACAAAGAUUUAACCAAAAAUCAGCUUUAAACAGACACAUGAGAAUCCAUACAGGACAAAAGCCUUUCUGUUGUGAUCUAUGUGGUCAAAGAUUUAGCCAAAAAUCACAUUUAAACACACACAUGAGAAUCCAUACAGGACAGAAGCCUUUCUGUUGUGAUCUCUGUGGUCAAAGAUUUAGCCAAAAAUCAUAUUUAAACACACACAUGAGAACACAUACAGGCCAAAAGCCUUUCUGUUGUGAUCUAUGUGUACACAGAUUUAGCCACAAAUCAGUUUUAAACACACACAUGAGAAUCCAUACAGGACAAAAGCCUUUCUGUUGUGAUUUAUGUGGACAAAGAUUUAACCAAAAAUCACAUUUAAACAGACACAUGAGAAUCCAUACAGGACAAAAGCCUUUCUGUUGUGAUCUAUGUGGUCAAAGAUUUAGCCAAAAAUCACGUUUAAACACACACAUGAGAAUCCAUACAGGACAAAAGCCUUUCUGUUGUGAUCUCUGUGGUCAAAGAUUUAGCCAAAAAUCAUAUUUAAACACACACAUGAGAACACAUACAGGUCAGAAGCCUUUCUGUUGUGAUCUAUGUGGACAAAGAUUUAACCAAAAAUCGCAUUUAAACAGACACAUGAGAAUCCAUACAGGACAAAAGCCUUUCUGUUGUGAUCUAUGUGGUCAAAGAUUUAGCCAAAAAUCACGUUUAAACACACACAUGAGAAUCCAUACAGGACAAAAGCCUUUCUGUUGUGAUCUCUGUGGUCAAAGAUUUAGCCAAAAAUCAUAUUUAAACACACACAUGAGAACACAUACAGGUCAGAAGCCUUUCUGUUGUGAUCUAUGUGGUCAAAGAUUUAACCAAAAAUCACAUUUAAACAGACACAUGAGAAUCCAUACAGGACAAAAGCCUUUCUGUUGUGAUCUAUGUGGUCAAAGAUUUAGCCAAAAAUCACAUUUAAACACACACAUGAGAAUCCAUACAGGACAAAAGCCUUUCUGUUGUGAUCUAUGUGGUCAAAGAUUUAGCCGAAAAUCAAUUUUAAACACACACAUGAGAAUCCAUACAGGAAAAAAAGCCUUUCUGUUGUGAUCUAUGUGGUCAAAGAUUUAGCAUAAAAGCAAAUUUAAACAGGCAUAUGAGAAUCCAUACAGAACAGAAGCCUCUCUGUUGUGAUAUGUGAACAAAGAUUUAGCCUAAAAUCAAAUCUAAGCACACACAGGAAAAGCCACACAGGAGAGAAGCCUUUCUGUUGUGAUCUAUGUGGACAAAGAUUUAACCACAAACCAGCUUUAAACAGACUCGUGAGAAUCCGUACGGGAGGGAAAAUGGCUCUGCUAUGAAUAUUAACUCAAACUGCACAGCUGUAGUUUCCUGUGAGAUGUUUGUGUGUUGUCAUCGAAGGCAACAGUCUUCACUUGUUAGUUUAAGCAUUUCUUUAUAGCUCAUUUUCAGAUGUUUUUUUUUGUCUGUGUAUUACAUUUUUUAGACAGAGCUGUAGCACCGGUGUGUUCUUAGUCUGUGCACGCUGCUCUAACCACUAGGCCCACCCUCCUAAGUAGUGAGAUUUUUUAAGGAUGUCUUAUUUAUUUUUUCCAUCUUAGGAAGGGUGUUUUCUGUUUGUGAUCACUUUUAUUUAACCUGUGGGUCCCCUACAGACAACCUCAUAAUUUUAAUAGGAGAAACACGGAUGUUUAUCUUUGCUAGGUGAGUGAUAUGUACGGUAACUGAUUAAGACAGUGCUCACAUACAGUUGAAACCAAAAGUUUACAUACACCAUAUAAAUGUGUUUUUCCCCUAGUCAGACAUGAAAUCUUAAUUAACCUUCCUGUUGUGGCCACUUAUGUCGAGGUUUUGUAGAUCAUAAGUACUAUGAAUUUAGUUUUUGUAAAAUCUGUAUUCUUUUGUAUAUACAUCGAUUAGAUUACUAUGGUAAUUUUAAAACCCAUUAUUUUAAGAGAUUAAGAACACAUCAGGUGGUGGGGAGGUUUCAAAAGUCUGUUGUGACAACAGGUUUUGUAAAAAAUAAAAUAAAAAAUAACCCUCUUUUUUAUCUUGUAACGUCAGCAUAAGUUCACUUUUUUGUAAAUUGGAAGAGUUUUUUUCCUUAUUGAUUUGUCCAUGUUUUUUCUGGAAAUCUUUUUUUCCCAUCAGGUCAGAAGUGCAUUCAAGAAGAUCUCCUGUUGCCAUUGGAGGACAGAUCUUCUCAUAAUUUAGAAUACAUACAGAAAUAAAUAAAUGACUCAAUUAAAUAAAUACAGUGCCAAAAAGUAGCUAAAGUGUAUAAUAUUGUGUGCAAUUAAAUACAACAAAAUACUUAAGACAUUUAUACAAUAAUUGAUCAAUUAAUUGACAAUUAAUUAACUCCCGAUAUAUAUUUAUAUGUCAAUAUUUAACUGCCAUGUUUUAUCUCUGCAUUAUAGCAUGUUGUUUAUUUAAACCACUAAUUUUUAAUCAUCUAUUUUUCUUGAAAUUAUUUUCUCAAUCUGUUGGGUUGGGUUUCUUCAAAUAGGAAACUUUUUUACCAAUGUGUAUGUUUUGACUGAAUUUGACUUUAAGUACUUUAAGAUGACAUGUUGUGAAUUGGAGAUAUAUAAAUAAAA